CCAGCAGGGGGCGGAAGAGCUCCGCUCCGUCCACACAGACGCUUCCCCUGCAGCCUGUCUGCUGCUGUUUCUGCCUUGUUUUGGGUGCGUGUAGAAGCGGACGAACGUGUGCGCAGGUCCGUAGACAUAGAACCUGGACACUGCGUGUGGCCCUGUGCACUUUAAUGUACUUUAGAUAGGACCUGCCGGCAGUUGCACGUAUGAAAAAGAAGUAUUUGUUUGUAUUUGUCGGAGAGCAGCCAUUGUGUUGAGCCAAAGCAACGUCUGGACCAGGUACGGUCUCUGUUGUUUGGUCAGAUCAUAUCUCCUGCCCGUCUCGUGUUAUUCGGUUACCUGGGUCCAGUCUGUUAAAGUUGGGAGAAGAUGUCCACUGACUGCGAGAAGACCACUGCUAAGGCCAUCCCGUCGACCAGGACGGUGACCGUCAACGACGCAGAGCACAUGCCCCACGACUACUCCACUACUCCCGGAGGGACCCUUUUCAGCACGACCCCGGGUGGUACCCGGAUCAUCUAUGACCGAAGGUUCCUGCUGGAGUGCCGCAGGUCUCCGGUGGCCAAGACUCCUCCACAAGGUCUUCCCAAAAUUCCUGGGGUGACAAGCCCAUCCUCUAAAGACAUGAGUGUGAAGGCUCAUAAUAGAGAACUACUCAACCACAACAACAACAUCACUGAAACUGAUAGCAUCAACACCGCUGAAGACUCGCAGUUUGAGAUGGACAUCUAGGUGGUGUUGGAAUCAAUACGAAGUCUUACCAACAAGAUGCUGUGAAGAGGCUGAGGAGCAGCUUCUCCUCUCCUGCUGUUCCUUCCAUGAAGACCGUAUGCACAAUGUUUUCAUGGAUUUUGUCUUGUUCAAUCUUUGCUUAUUUUUGCCCAGAACAAAUACUUUUCUGCCUGCUAUAAUGCUUAAACCUGAUUCAUGUUUGACAAGUGUGCCUUCACUUAGUGGCUCAAGGUUUAAUAUUAAUACUGAGAAGUGCGACACCUCUUCUCUCAGAGCUAGUCGUGAAAAUGAAAGUCAGAUUUCAUAACCAUUCCAGAAGGGUUUGUUAUUUGUGCUUUUUUCACACAUUCCCUGACACCUCUUUACAGAUUUUGCCUUGAAAUGUUCAAGAUACUGUAUAAUUUGUAUGCAAUGCUCUUUAAAAUGAGUUCUUCACCUGAAGUGUCAUACAACAAAGUGUAAAACAAUUUUGCUGAUUGAAUUAUGAAACCACUUUUGGAGUAACAACAAGCAUUAAAUCAAAAGCCAUUAAAGCAAA